UAUGUCUAUUAUAAGAGGUACCAUCCUUUUAAAUUUUAUGUCUAUUAUAAGAGGUACCAUCCUUUUAAAUUUUAUGUCUAUUAUAAGAGGUACCAUCCUUUUAAAUUUUAUGUCUAUUAUAAGAGGUACCAUCCUUUUAAAUUUUAUGUCUAUUAUAAGAGGUACCAUCCUUUUAAAUUUUAUGUCUAUUAUAAGAGGUACCAUCCUUUUAAAUUUUAUUAUCCUUUUAAAUUUUAUGUCUAUUAUAAGAGGUACCAUCCUUUUAAAUUUUAUGUCUAUUAUAAGAGGUACCAUCCUUUUAAAUUUUAUGUCUAUUAUAAGAGGUACCAUCCUUUUAAAUUUUAUGUCUAUUAUAAGAGGUACCAUCCUUUUAAAUUUUAUGUCUAUUAUAAGAGGUACCAUCCUUUUAAAUUUUAUGUCUAUUAUAAGAGGUACCAUCCUUUUAAAUUUUAUGUCUAUUAUAAGAAGCAGUAUCUCUGUAUGAAAUUAAAUAAAUGUUGA